AAAUCAUCUAUUCCCAGUUCCUGGCUUCGGUUUGCCGAGUUCUACCUACGCCCCAAUGGUCGCAUCAAUCUCCGGUUAAACAACUUUACCUUUUAUAAACAUUUGAAAGCGAGGUCAAAUGCCCAUCGCUGGAGUUGCACUGCGUAUGGCUCUAAGUGGAAAUGUAAGGCACACCUUAUUCUAACAGACAAAUUGGAGGUUCUUAAAGCAAACGUCGCCCAUAGCCAUCCACCCAACAAACAUAGUUUUAAAUCAAACUUUAAUGUACCAAUCGAUAAAGGGUUAGCUAUAAAACAAAAUGGAGGAGGACUACAUGAAUCUUUUGAACGAAGUUACCAUUCUCCAUUACACGAUUAUUUGGUAGCUCACAGGGUCUUUAGAAAUGAAUAGUUUCUUUUUUCUUUUUGUAGGAUUCUUUUCUUUUUUUUCAUUAAUAAAUUAGUCGCUUUUGUGAGAUUAGAAUUAUAAUAUUGUAACAUGUAUAAUGGUGACAGGUUCACACAAUAUGAAAUAAUUGACGCCAGAACACUGACGACACGUUUAUUUCCUAAUAAGAUAAAAUAACGCCAAUGAACGUAAUCCCAUACAGUGAGUUACUUUUGUCUUGAUGAGCUUUGAUGACAAAGAUGAAUUAUAAUAUUUCUGACUUAACCUUUCUCCUAAUACUCGAAAUACUACACAUAAUUCCAAAUCAAAAGGGGAGUGAUUUAAAUGAUAAUGUUUUCCACCAAAGAAAAACUUUGUCCAGAAAUUGACAAUUAUUACUUUGAAUAAGAAUAGUAAACCAUAAAACUUUAAAAACAGAAGUCUUAUUAAAUAUUUUCUAUUGCCCUAAAUAUAUGUAGGUUGAAUAAGUAUUAUUAACUAAACCAAUAAAAUUCCAUGAGUACUU